AUGAAAUUCCUCCCUCUUGCCCUAUUCAUAAGCACCGUCAGCAGCAUCGCUUUCGAUGGUGUCAUCCCCGGUGCCCGAGUCAUCCCAGCCAGCGAUACAGCCGGUCUGAAGAAGAUCGGAGCUCAUUCCGGUAAACAUCAAAACCGUCGUACAGUCACUAUCCGCCCUUCGAAGAAUGACACGGAUGAUAUUUCAUCGGACUUCCUCUGGGGAAUCAAGAAAGCCAACCACGGGGGACGAUUGAUGUUGAAAGAGGGAGAGACAUAUGUUAUUGGGACAAAGCUGGAUCUGACCUUUUUGGAUGACAUUGAAGUUCAGUUGGAUGGAGAACUCAAGUUCACUGACGAUGUUUCCUACUGGCAAGAAAACAACUUUUACUUCGACUUUCAAAAGUCUAUCACGUUCUGGCUCUGGGGUGGACAGGAUAUCAAAAUCUUUGGCACGGGCGUCAUGAACGGCAACGGUCAACGAUGGUAUAACGAGUUUGCUGGCAAGGAGAUUCUGGAUGACGAGAACACAUUUUAUCGACCCAUCCUCUUCAUGACAGACAAUGCAACCAGAGUCUCCGUCGAGGGCAUCACCCAGCUCAACUCGCCUUGCUGGACCAACUUUUUUGUACGCACCAAGGACGUUUCUUUCGACGAUGUCUUCAUCAAUGCCUUCUCGACAAAUGCUUCUGCCCUCCCCAAAAACACCGAUGGCUUUGACUCUCUUAACGUCGACGGUCUAUCCGUCACCAACACCCGGGUCGACGUUGGGGAUGACUGCUUCUCUCCAAAGCCGAAUACCACCAAUAUCUUUGUACAGAACUUGUGGUGCAACAAUACCCACGGCGUCAGUAUGGGAAGUAUCGGACAGUACUCGGGGGUGAUGGAUAUUAUUGAAAAUGCAUGGAUCGAAAAUGUUACCUUGCUCAAUGGACAGAAUGGCGCUCGUCUCAAGGCAUGGGCCGGUCAGGAUGUCGGAUAUGGUCGCAUCAACAACAUCACCUAUAAGAACAUCCACAUUGAGAACACCGACAAUCCCAUCGUCCUGGAUCAGUGCUACUUCAAUGUGGACACAGAAGAAUGCGCCAAGUACCCAUCCCAGGUGAACUUCACCAACAUCGUAUUUGAGAAUAUCUAUGGCACUUCUUCCGGUAAAGAGGGCAAGGUGGUGGGUGAUUUGGUCUGUUCGCCCAAUGCAGUUUGUUCAGAUAUUCAUCUUGAAGAUAUUGCAUUGACCAGUCCGGCUGGAAGCCCCCCAGUGAUUAUCUGUGAUGGGUUGAAGGGGGACAUUGGAGUAGAUUGUCAGUCGUCAUCUAAUACGACGACUAACACGACGACUAAGAGAUCGGUCUCCGACCGAAUGAUGGCGAGGAGGUUGGGACAUCUGGUACAUUAG